AGGCACGUUGGGAAGAUUCGAGCGCCUCGGGCGCUCUGUCAGCCGCUCUCGUAAUAUAAAGGAACACCGGCUAGGCCCCAUAAACGCAGAGCCGUGACGGUGCUUCAAGGCGCAAGCUCGGUAUGGGAGAGCUUGCGAGCCAUAUACUCGACGACCAGCCUUGUUUUCAAAUAGUCGUCUAGAUUGCGUGGGUACCUCGCGGUCGUUCGACGCAGUAUAAACUGGAGGAGAUUUCUUGUUCUCCUCGCCGAUGUCAACGCACCGUGGGAAGCAAUGACAUCGAGAAAGAUGGAUGGAAAUGAAAACUCGAGCAGCUCGCGUCGUUAUUGACCGGUCUUUUUAUCGCGACCGUUUCGAAAUCACAUCGACCAGACCUUUCGCCGCAAGCGAAUCUCGCUUCUAUCGAUACAUAUCGAGGAUCCCUGCGAUAUCGCCGUGUGUGAUUGCGUUCCAGAACUCUGUAAAACUAGAGUGAAUUUUUUUCGGUGAAUCUCGUUGAGUCUCGUGCAUUCCAAUCGAAAUUUUUGUCUAUGCAUCUGCCACGAUUUCAAGAUCUCAGAAAACUAGUAUAAACAGGCGUUCUUCAAAGCUUCGCGAACAUUGCUUGCCUCGGUGAACUGUGAUAAAACAUGUGCCGAUGACAAAUAGAGUUUCUUUCUAUCGAGAAACGAUUUGUGCCGAGCGAGCCGAGAAAUCGUCCGGCUUAAAGCGGAUCCGAGCUUGAUGAGAAGAGACUUUAGGUUAAUCCGUUCAGAAAUUACUGUUGGAGCACGGUUUCACGAAGGAAAAGAAGAUCUGAUUGGCUGCUCGCGAUGGGUCGGAAGCACAAACGUCGCCUGAUACCGGAACAGGAUCGCAGGAUAUGCGGAAGUAUCUGUUUCUGUCAGUUCACCAUUGUCAUCAGCUGCGUGGCAUUGGUUUAUCUGAGCGUGGCAAUCUAUAUACCGUCCCACAGAGCCUUUCACGCUGGGAUUGAUCCGGAUCCAGUCAUGUGCCAAACCAUUAAUACCACCUUAGCCAAUAAUUGCGGCUGGGCAAGUUGCGGGGAGUGGUGCUUGACGAGAACCACAGGAUUUUGUCCUCAGAUCCACGCAACAGUAAGAAGGAACGGAACCGACAUCGUUUUCGAAAACUGCACUAAUUUCAGCAGCAUAUCCUGUCCACAGGUGAACAUGGCAUCUCUAAAAAAAUACAACUGCAACAAUGGCAGCGAGUGUAGCGUACUUUCGGGGGUGUUCAACUGCAGCCUUGGCCACUGUGUCAACAUAAGUGAGCUGAUGUUGUGUCAUCAUAAGGCUGACGGCAUUGUUGUGGACAGCGAGAAGGACAAUAUGAAGCUGAAUGGCUUCUUCAGCUGUCAGAACUCGAGAUGCACGAAAAUCAAAAACCGCUUCAAUUGUGAUCGUUAUUGCCCGAAUAUCGCCACGUCAGACGUAAACGUGUUCCUCAUGCAGGACGACGACGUCAUCACUGCGAAAUGCGAACGCGGCCUAGCCCUUAACAAAGCAACUGGAAAUCUGCUUGGUGUCAGAUUAACUACGCCUGAAGAAUUUUGGGACAAUCGAAAUGGAAGUAUCGUUGCUAGCUGUUUGGUAGUGAACAAAGAAGCCAACGAAGUACGGACGCAGGAUUGCGUGAAUGGCACCUUAUUAAAGGAGAUCCCAGUACCUGAGCCGAGUAUCAAUUUUACGAGCUUUCUGAAUAUAUAUGAAAAGAGCUUACAAUACCCUGUGGAUCCUACGAAUGUCUACGUGCCGGCACAACGAUCGCUGACAAUUUACAAUAGUUCCCGCCUUUAUAUCAACUUCGAAGGUUGUGUCAACACUCUGAAAGGAGAAUGUAAAGAUUUUCUCGCUACUCAUGGCCGGGAUGGCGACAAUCAGACGGCACAAAGUCGAUACCCCUGUUACUACAAUAAGAACAACUCGUUAUUAGUCGUGGCACGUUUUGACCUAAAUAAGACACGGACGGAAUUGCUGAUCGCCAUCAUCGUACCAUCGGGCUUAUUCGUCAUCAGCCUGACGACGCUCGUUAUCAUAACGCGAUCGGUGCAGGUGGGCGACGAUGCGAAGAUGCGUUGCCGUUACUGCGUCGACAAGCAGGAGGUCGAGGGCGAGGACGAAGGACUCGUAGAGGCCGCCACACCCUCCUCGUCCCAAGGUCAGGUAAACGAGAACGAGAUCAAAACUAUGGCGCUUUAGCAGUUUAAGCCAUCCGGGACGAGUACCGUGCUCCGUUACGAGAGAGUGCCAUUGAUCGACACUGACGAAGCCGAGGACUCAUUUUGAACAAAAGGGCAGCGUUAUAUUUUCAUUAAAAAUUUAUUAGCAGUGAAUUUAAUGAAUGUCAUGAAGGUAAUGUGUUUCAACCUCGAAGUCAAAUAUAUGGUAUCUCGUGCAUUUUACGAUUCGAAUUAACAAGAAAUCUUGUGAAAUCGGUGUAAUGCGAUGAUAAAAGUGAGAGCAAUUACAGAAUUUGCCCUUAAGUAAUCUGAUGAACGUUACUUACGGCGAUAAAAAUAAAUUAUAUUGUUCACCAAGCGAACAUUGUCAUUUUUGAAACGAAUAAAAAGUGUGUACGUGUA